UUUUUUCCCCAAAUGUUUUAACGAAAAGAGUUAAAUCUCAUACUUCCGGCUUCAUAUUUAUCACUUGUAUAUCGAAAUAUUCGUUGAAAAUCCAAUUUUCCCCCUUUUCUUCCUUAUUCUUUCGUUUCUCGCGUUUCUCUAGGGUUUGGGCUUGACGAACACAGCUGCUCAUCGCGUUAGCUCCCUCCUCAAUUCGCGAUCGAAGAAGCGAUUUACCUUGGUUGAGAUCAAGAUCCUAUAAGCUAGUAUCAUAGUUCAAUUGCUCGGAACACAACUUUACCAGAUUGGGUUUGUAAAAGAUAGCAAUGGCUGGAGCAAUAGGUGGGGAAUGUUCAUACAGUGAGAGUGGCAUUUCAUCAUACUCCAGGAAUUCUAAUGAAAACCAAGACGAGGUUUCUCGCUGGUAUUUUGGAAGGAAAGAAAUAGAAGAAAAAUCACCAUCGAGGUUGGAUAGUAUUGACUUAAAGAAGGAAACAUACCUCCGCAAGUCGUACUGUACGUUUUUGCAGGACUUGGGCAUGAGGUUAAAAGUUCCUCAGGUUACAAUAGCUACAGCAAUAAUUUUCUGCCAUCGAUUCUUCAUUCGCCAGUCACAUGCUAGGAAUGACAGACGGACGAUUGGUACAGUCUGCAUGUUCCUAGCUGGAAAAGUUGAAGAAACUCCAAGGCCGUUAAAAGAUGUUAUUGUUGUCUCCUAUGAGAUAAUACACAAGAAGGAUUCUACUACUGCACAGACAAUCAAGCAAAAGGAAGUAUAUGAGCAACAAAAAAAGCUUAUACUAGAUGGAGAAAAGAUUGUACUAUCUACAUUGGGGUUUGACUUCAAUGUUCAUCAUCCUUAUAAACCUCUUGUAGAAGCGAUAAAGAAAUUUAAGGUCGCACAGAAUGCUCUGGCCCAAGUUGCAUGGAAUUUUGUUAACGAUGGUCUGCGGACGUCACUCUGCCUGCAAUUUAAGCCUCACCACAUUGCGGCGGGUGCAAUUUUUCUUGCUGCCAAGUUCCUUAAAGUGAAAUUGCCAUCAGAUGGAGAGAAGGUUUGGUGGCAAGAAUUUGAUGUCACACCUCGACAACUGGAGGAUGUUAGCAACCAAAUGCUUGAACUGUAUGAGCAAAACCGUUUGCCUGCGACUCAAGUAAGCGAAGUGGAAAGUAGUGUAGGUGGAGGAUCAGCUCAUCACGUUGCUUCUAGGCCAAUGCCGGCACGUCCGUCUCAUGAACAUUCAAAUUCUGAUAAUCACGAGGGCUCGUCAAAAGCUGCACAGAACCAGAGCAAUGAUAACGGGAGUGGUGAGGCAGGUAGUGUCAUUACCGAGCAUACUGAAACUCAUCCAGUCCAUAAGUCUAGACCGGGAGUUGAAGCACCUGUGAAGGACAAAACAGAGAAGACAGGUGCACCUCUUCCAGAUGAUAGCGUCGCUCUUGAUAAAUCUAGAAAUGUUAAUUCAGGUGAUGUCCCCGUCAGUCAAUCGCCGAAAGAGAUAAAAUUGCUUAGAGAUAAGGUGAAGGCUAAACUAGAGGCUAAGAAGUUCCAAGGUGAGAAGGCGAAGACAAAGGAUUUGAUGGAUGAGGAUGAUUUGAUCGAAAGGGAACUAGAAGACGUGGAAAUAGCUGUUGAGGAUGUCAAAGAUAAUGAGAAGAAGAGCUCCGAAGGUACAGAACACGGCGAGAUUCUUGAUGGAAACAACUCGGUGGGCAAUACAGAGGAAGGUGAAAUGGUUGAUGAUGUUUCGUCGACGGUGCCUAGCCGGAAGAGAAAAAUGGGAAGCCCUUGUGAGAAACAGUUAGAAGGAGGAAAGAGGCGACACAACAGUAACAACAGUGAGAAUGUUGAAGAAGGUGACAAGACAAGCCGUGGAGGACUCUGAUUGGGGGAAUCAGGCUGUGGAGACUUUUUGCCAUUUUAUACACAGCCCUUACAGUUAAAAAUGCAACUGUAAAAUGUAAACCAGUCAGACUUUUGUGACUUUUCAUUAAUUUCAAAGUCCUCACAGCUUUCUUUUGUUU